AUGAUGAGCAAUGCUUGGGGGAAGGCGGAUGUUGAACCUUCCGAGAUUCAACUCCAUAAGAAGGAAAUCAGUGACUUCUUCGACCAGCUCCUUGUCAAGCGCAAGGAGCAGCAGGCGCUGCACUAUGAGCUGAACGAGAAAAUCUCCCUGCAGCGCCACGUCACAUUGAGCCAGGCGGAGGAUAUCCAGGCUAGCAAAGAAAGAAUUUCGGAGCUGGAAAAACAACUGGCAGAAGCCCAAGGUGCAUCUUCCUCCCUUGCCACCACAUCCUCCGAGCUCGAGAGCCUGCACUCCGCCUAUCAGGAUUUGGAGACCAAAUUUGCGGAGGCGGACAAGAAGCGGGAGCAGGCAGAGAAACAACUGGCGGAGAAGAAACCUAAACUUCUUCAGAAAGAGACGGACUUUGUAAUGAAGCACAAGGCUGACAGCGACACACUGCAAAAGCUUCAAAAUGAAGUUCAUGGGCUCCAGAACUACAUGACUACCGCGGAGAAAGGCUGGCCCCUUGGUUAUGAUGAAGAAUGCCGCAACCAGGUCCCCCAUGACGAUCUUAUCCUGCUUGCCGGAGAUGAUUCUAAAGAUCUGAUUUCCGAACUGGUUGUGGAUCUUCAAGCAUCUUCUGCCAGGGGCGCAGCCCAGAUGUCACUGGCCAUGUGCUUGGUGCGGUCUCCUGGUCUGGAUAUCGAUCUUGCCACCACCGGAGUUCCUCCGAAUGCAGAUGUAAAUGCUUUACUAGAUGCAUGCAGUGGCUAUGAUACCCGGAUCGCGCGCCGCAUUCGCCACGACGAAUUCUAUGACAAGGUUGUGCUGCCAGCUGAUGAAAUCCUCGAGGCGGAAUAUGCCAAAGAGCGAGAAGCGGAGGCGCGACCUGUCGGAUCCGGCGACGAGGACCAAGUCACAUGGACCAGCUCGAAGGACAAGUCCAAAGACGGCGCCACUUCUCCGACAGAGGGAGCCGAAGAUGAUGAUGAAGAAGAUGUUGUUUCGUCUACGGCUAAAGAAGCGGAAGAUGAAGUGGCACAGACUGAAGAUGGAGUCGGCUCUUCUCCGACUAAGGAGAAGUAA